AUGUCCCCCAAGAACUGCUGGACAGAAGAGGAGAUAGUCCGCUUGGUGUCGCACCGGAAGCAGUUCCCUGAUAUCAACUGGGAAGAUUUUGCAGAGCGCUUCCCGUUUCCAGGGCGCACGCCCACCGCCAUAGCAGCAAGGUGGAGAUGUCUCAACCUGACGCGGAACUUGGAGGAGUUCGACGUCGGCUGUAAAGACACUCGCAGUGGCAGCACUACAAAGACUACUACCGCGGCGGGCAAUGGUCCUGCUUGGUCAACCACCACUGGCGUCAAGCGUCGUCGCUCCGGGCUCCCAGCGAGGACACGAGGACGCCCGGCAAAUGGCAGAGAGGACAGCAACCAAGACAACGAGUGGGAGGACGAAGACUGGGUUCACGCUGACGAUGACCUUUCUGAUGAAAUGGAUGACGAAAUGGGGCCCCAAGACGGACAAGGCGGCGCAGGCGCCAACAACAAAAAUGCUUACGAUAAUUCUGGGCUGAGGGCAAGAGUUGCUCGAAGGGUACCGGCAAAGGGCAGAGGCAGAGGCACCCGUAUCGCCAUGACAACUGGAGCAAGCUCUGGGUCCUUUGCUGCUCCAGCUCGUGCUCUUGGUCAACGCACUAUCGCGGACCGCCAGCGCCCAGCUCAGUUCUUCGCCCGUCUGUUCCAGGACUUAUCCGACUACUUCGCUGACAACGAAGACCGUUUCGCUGGAGUUGAAGAAAUUCUGGGUCAGACACAGCAGCACCACCGCCGAAUGGAUUCGCUGGAGGCCAUGUACAAUGGUGCUAUAACACAAAACAACGACCUGGAGGACGAGAUUGUGGCGUACGGAGAAACGGUCAAGGAGCUGAAGGCGGCCGUUGAAAGCCAAGCAGCAACAAUUCAGACGCUCAAGGAGGAUGCGGCCACUGACCGCGCCAAAGUGCAGCAACUCUUGCAGUGGAUAGGGGAGAUGAGCGUUGCAAACAGGAUUUCUGCUGGAGGCCAGGAAGCCAAGCAGAAUGACUCUGCUGCACCUACUCCAAGCUUGUGA